AUGACGCUUGUUUUGUUCUUUCUGUUUUUCUAUUGUCGAGUUUUUAUUUUGCCUGUGAAGGCGCUACGUUGCCCAGAAAACUGUGACAACACUGUCAAGCAUGUACUGUCAGUAGUUGAUUGGAUCAACAAACAAGAUAUACACUGUGACUGCCCGGGAGGAAAUAGAACGGGCUCGCCCUGCAGUUGGGUUGGGCACCGGGGAACUGAAACCUUUCCCGCCUGUCUCGACACCCUGCCGACCGGCUUUCACAGAAACACCUGCUCGAUCUUCGUCGAGCAUCUGCGAUCUUCAACAAUCCUGGAGCGGUCCUUCCGUGAUGUUCCGAGUGUCAUACUCCUGGGGAUUCAGAGAUCCAACGUUUCUAUGAUCCAGCCUGGGGCGUUUCUCGGUCUGUCCUCGGUAGAAAGGCUCUACCUCAAUCACAAUCGCAUCUGCAGUCUAGGAGCAGACAGUUUUAUUGGGCUCGAGAAAAUGCAAUAUUUGUACCUCGACGAAAACUGUAUUUCAGACAUCUCCAAAGAUGCAUUUCGUGGCCUACCAGCCCUUUCUGUAUUGCGAAUGUUGUCCAAUCACCUGCGUUCUUUGCCCGUGGAUGCCCUUCUGCAGCCUAAAUCAUUGACCGUUAUAAACCUAUCAUUCAAUCUCAUCAGUAGCAUCAGUCAAAAGGUCAUGCUUCUAGAUAAACAGACGUUAUUGAUACACAAUAACAGGCUGAAAUGCGAUAGGAACCUGACAUGGUUCAUCUGCAAUCUGCCUUCCUUGGAGCAGAUAGAUCUUUUCCAUCUGCCGAAGUGCGCAUCACCUCCUGAGCUCCGCGGAACUCUUCUCACCAAGGUGAGGGAAGAUGCAAGUCAGGCCGGGGGAGCUAAAGGCACGUCAAUCACCUGCGAAGACACGCCCACUACCACAGCUACAGCCAAUAAGAGUUCAGCUGCAGGUCCACAGGUUAUUGACAUUGAUGAAGAGACAACGCCAUACGAGGACUACGUGAUGCCAACCAGAGGGUCAUUAUCUGGACAUACUACUGAGAAGGUCAUUUUCCUGGGCGGAGACUUAACCAUCAACGAUAACGAUGACAAGACCCAUCAUUUCGCAAUUACAAUAGCUGUUGUCCUACCCGUUCUCUUUGUUUCUGGAGCAGCGGUUCUCUUCAAACAGGUUUGGGCCCGUUUUAACAACAUACCCAUAGCAAGAGCCACAGGUAGCCAAACCAUCGCUACGGAUGACCUGAUGCCAGAGGACAAUGUUAUUCAGCCAUGUACAUUGGCAAAUGCUGACAUUUCCAAUUCUGUCACAAAUGAGCCGUAUGCGGUGACCUACGAAGACCCAGGGACACAGCUUCAGCUUUAUUCAUUGACCCACGAUGAAGACCCAGGGCCACGGGUUCAGCCUCUUGUAGUGACCAACGAUGAAGACCCAGGGCCACAGCUUCAGCCGUACGCAGUGACCUACGAAGACCCAGGGACACAACUUCAGCUUUAUUCAUUGACCCACGAUGAAGACCCAGGGCCACAGCUUCAGCAACAUUCAGUGACCCAAGACCCCGCGUUAGAUGCCCAGCCAUCUGGAGAGAGAUACGAUGAAGACCCAGGGCCACAGCUUCAGCCGUUUGCACUGACCAACGACGAAGACCCAAGGCCACAGCUUCAGCCUCACUCAGUGACCCACGAUGAAGACCCAGGGCCACAGCUUCAGCCGUAUGCGGUGACUUAUGAUGAAGACCCAGGGCCUCAGCUUCAGCCGUAUGCAGUGACCUACGAAGGCCCAGGGCCACAGCUUCAACUGUAUGCACUGGCCAACGACGAAGACCCAGGGCCACAGCUUCAGCCUCACUCAGUGACCCACGAUGAAGACCCAGGGCCACAGCUUCGGCCUUACUCGGUGACCCACGAUGAAGACCCAGGGCCACAGCUUCAGCCUCACUCAGUGACCCACGAUGAAGACCCAGGGCCACAGCUUCGGCCUUACUCAGUGACCCACGAUGAAGACCCAGGGCCACAGCUUCGGCCUUACUCGAUGACCCACGAUGAAGACCCAGAGCCACAGCUUCUGCCAUAUACAGUGACUCACGAUGAAGACCCAGGGCCACAGCUUCAACCGUAUGCGGUGACCAACGAUGAAGACCCAGGGCCACAGCUUCAGCCAUAUGCGGUGACCUACAUUGCACGAUGA